CGUUUGAGAUGAUAAAAAAUUUUACGAACAACAUUCGAAUGGCACAAAUUAGAGACUGAUUUUUUCAUCGCUAUUAUAUAUUAUGUAUUAACUAUACGUUCGCGAUAUUUAACCAACUGAGUGAGAAAUAUCAGCUGUCGGUACUCUCUUGAAUUGCCAUCUAUCGCGAACAGUAGGACGUAAUGAUAAACCGCCUGAUCGAGUAUAUGCCAAUGACAGCUGAUUGUGGGGUGUGUGUGAGCUGAUGUUGGAAAGAAAAACAACAAUGGAUCAGAUACUAUGUAGAAACAGAGCAAUGUUGAUGAUUGUUAAAUUUACAUGCGUAAAAUAAAUAAUAUAAAAAAGUAUAAAUAUAUGUAUAUGAUAGAUAAGGUUUGAUAAGUAAAAAAAUGAUAGAGGCACCGACCCAGUGGAACUCCAAGAAGGAUGAGAGCAUCUACAAGGCCGCGGGUGCUAUGCACCUGCGGAAGUACGGGGAGUUCUUUGAGAAUCUGGUGGAGAAGUCCUGGAAGGGUGACUCGACGUUGGAAUACAUCAUAGAGGGUCCACUGCGUCUGGUUUACAAAACAACGGAGGACAUUGGCAUCCUCUCCCUGGUGGAGAUGGAGAAUAAGGUUCUGUCCAAGCUGCUGGCGGCGAUCGCGGGAACGUGCAGGGAAAUCAGACUACUGAAGGUGGAAGCCGCUGGCUUUUACGCGAAGCUCUUCGCCCACGGGGAGAGGUGCAUGGACGACGAUCUCGUCGACGGUGUGACGAAACUCCUGUCGGAUCUCCUGGACCUGUCCGUAUUCACCAAUAGAAUGUCAGCCGUCGUGCACCUGACCACGCAACAGUUGGCAAGUCUAUCCGGCGCCGUCCACGAGAUCUACUUGCCCGUUCUGCUCGAGGGCUUCGUAGAUCUGUUCGUGAUACUCGUGACUCUCGACGAGAUCGUCGACGCUCAGCCGGCGAUACUGGAUCAGUGGAAGAAGUACAGGAUGCACGUGCGCUCCAUGAUGCACAACCCGUCGCAGUUCGGCGUCGACAAGACGAAACUGGAGACGUUCGAUCAUCUGCUCAAGGAUCUGCAGGAGAAGUUGCUGCGGAGGAAUACGUUUCUGAAGGCGAUCGAGCACGUGAUGGACGUGAACAAGGGCGCGGUCAUGAGCGAGCAGAUCGUCAGUUAUCUGAAGAACAUGAUCACGGAUGUGGAGAGCAAGUCCAACGACUACGCCGCGUUGAACAAGAACUGGAUAAGGGUCAACGUCGGCGUCGCCGUGGUGAUAAAGCUGUUCGGCGCUUGCGACAGGAAGCUGAUCAAGAGGGUGCUGGAGGCCAACAAGAGAUUCUACGCGGUCACGUUGGUGGGGAACGUGAUGUGGGUACCCAGCAAGUUCCUCGGCAACGUCGUGCCGAAGGAAACCGGCGGCGGCGGCGCGGUGAGCCCGCAAGUGGGCGAGAAGAUUCUGCAGGCGAGGACGCAAAGACUGUCGGUCGCGGUGAGCGGUCUGGUGCAGCGGGGGACGACCUGGUGCGUGGAGAUGCAGAGCAUCCUCACGAGGACCAAUCUCCAGGUGUCGGACAUCGGGCAGAAGCGUACGCUGCUGACGGAUUUGCUGGCACUGCUGGCGCAGAUGCGCGAGACCGUCGCGUUCGUGACGAAUCUGCACGCCUCGCUGUCGCGGCCGAUGAGCCGCGGCACGGUGCAGCUGAUCUGCAGACUCGUGGAGCUGCAGAAGUCCCUGCAGACGACGUUCUACGCGCUCGGCCCGGUCGUGGUGCAGUCGCAGGCGCAGGUGUUGCAGUACCUGGCUUACUACAUGCUGGUCAUGCUGGAGACGGCGCGCAAGGCUCUCGUGCAAAGAGACAAGAGUUACAGCAGGAAACGGUUGGACGCGCUGUCGCUGAUAGGGCUGAGUAUGCGGCUGAUAGGCGGUCCGGCGAGCGCGGACAGACGGCUGAUAGUGCGUUGCGCCCUGGCGUGCGCCACCCAGCUGACCGACACCUUCCGCGAGGAGGACGUGGUGAAACUGCGAUUUCUCCUGGAUAAUUACGACGCCGUGGCCGAGCUGUACGAGCUGGUCGACGAAUACGGCGACUACUCGCUGCUGCUGCACCAUCAGAACGUGCUGCCCGCCUACCUCUCCUCGGUCGUCGACGGCAACGCCGGCGUCAACCACGUCGCACAUCUGUUCGCCGCCUUCAACAGCGCCGUGAGCGAGCAGGAGUUCGCCGAGCUGAGGAUGAAACGCAUCGCGGAACUCCGCGAGAGCCUGGUGAAGAGUGUACUGAAACCGGCCUGCCACGAGAUCGAGACUAGUCUACGGCUGCACGUGCACGCUCAUCUCAAACUGGAUUCCACGAAUCCCUUCAACAUCGGCGCGAAAGACGGUAGCAGGGUGGUGCGAAUCUUGCCGUUGCCCUUGGCCGAGAGCAUGGUCUGCACCAAGAGAUUCGUCGAACAUUAUCUGGACGAUAUGUUUUACAAUCUGACGACAGUGGCCCUGCACGAUUGGAGAACCUAUCGGACGAUGCACGCGUUGGCCAGCUAUAAAAUGGGCCUGGACACGGUGCAGGACCAUUUGCCGACGCAGACUCUCGAACAGGGCCUGGACGCUCUAGAGAUUAUGCGCAAUAUCCACGUGUUCGUUUCCAGGUACCUAUACAACCUGAACACGCAAACGUUCGUGGAACACAGCAGCGGCAACAAGCAUCUAAACACCAUCGGCAUCCGGCAUAUCGCCAAUUCAAUUCGUACCCACGGUACCGGUAUCAUGAGCACCACGGUGAAUUUCGUUUACCAGUUUCUGCGCGUGAAACUGCACACCUUCUCGCAAUUCCUCUUCGACGAGCACAUCAAGUCGCGACUGAUGCGCGACAUCAGGUUCGUCCGGGCGCAACGGGAAGCGGGCGCCGCUCCGUACACGUACGAACGUGCGGAGAAAUUCCAAAAGGGUAUCCGGAAACUGGGGAUGACCGCCGACGGGCUGAGUUACCUCGAUCAAUUUCGUCAGUUGAUCACGCAGAUCGGCAACGCACUCGGCUACGUGCGGCUGAUCCGUUCCGGCGGCCUCCACGCCAGCUCUAACGCGGUGUCCUUCUUGCCGGAUAUCGAGAAAACGGUGCCGUUCGAAUCGCUCUGUCGCGGACUGAAUUACAGCGCCACGACGCAGGCCGCGGCCAGACGGCUGGAGAACGACAUCGCCGAUCUGGUGCGCAACUUCACCGAGGGUAUUCAGUACUUCAAGCUGCUGGUCGACGUGUUCGCGUCGGCGUUCCGCGACGCCAAGUCCUACCACCUGCAGCAGUUCUACGUCAUCGUGCCGCCGCUGACGCUCAGCUUCGUCGACAAUUCCGUAUCCAACAAGGAGAAGAUGUUCAAGAAGAACCAGACCGGCGCGGCUUUCACCGACGACGGCUUUGCCAUGGGUAUCGCCUACAUCAACGCGCUGCUCGACCAGAGCGCCGAGCUGGACGGUCUCCAUUGGUUCAAGACGGUGGAGCAGCACGUCGCCCAGGAGAGGCUCGCCGCCGAGCGCAAGGACGAUCACGGCGACGAGAAGCUCCAGCAAACCAGAGCGCUCACGCUCCAACGUCUCACCGAGAGAAACGCCGAGUUCCAACUGUUGUACUACAGUCUCUCCGGUGCCAGGGUGUUCUUCAAGCAACCUGAUACGUAACGCAAGACAAUCUGCUCAUUUUGAUAUUUCGCUACUGUGUUCUUGGACCAUCCAAGCCGAUUUUGAUUAUCAGGAGAAAAAUGGUCGGCACAAGGUCACGAUGCUGUGCUUCGAAACUAUUUCGUCCCUAAUUUUUGAAUAAUUAGACGAACGAAAAAAUUUUGAAUAAAUAUAAUCUCUUAUUCCAGCAUCUCUUCCGAUUUAUUCUCAUAACGUGUUUGUCGUCAUAGCAUGUUGUAAAUUACUUAAGACUGUCUACGAUCGGUUUUUUUAUAAAUAUUUUCUACAUUCACAAUAUCGUUACAAUAUCAGAGCUCUGUUCAAUAAAUAAUGGCUAGACAGAAUGACUAGGUUUUUAUGUCUAAAAGAGGUGCAAUUGCCACUCGCGGUCGCAAGUAGAAUCGAAAGGAUAAAUGCAUGAAGGCGUCUUAACAAAUGUGUAAUGUCUCAAAUUUUGAAUUUGACUCACUCAUCGCAACACCGAACUAAUAGCGAACGCUUCAAUGAGACAUUGAAAAAUUAUCUACAAUAAUGCAAAUUUCGUAUGAAUAUAACGUAAGCCUUCAUCCAUUUUUUUUUCUUCGACGAAUCAAUUAUUUAUCUCGCCGGGCCAGAUCUCCGUCUUCUCGAGAAUCAAAUUUUCAAAAGAGAAUCGGAUUUUCACAUUUUCUUCCCAAUCCGAAUCGAUGUUGCGCUUUUUUAAAAUUUUCAACAAACUAUUGUGCCUAAUUAACAUUAUUAACGCACUAUCGGCGUACGAUGCACAUAGACAUAUAUAUAUAUAUAUACACAACAUAAAUUACUUUCGUAGCCGUAUAUGCUAGAAAGCAAACGCGCGUCGCGUACUUUGCGUACAAUAAAAAUUUUAUCUGUUUUAAUCGCCACGCUUAAGCGAAACGAUGACGAUUCGUUCUUAAUUUGAAUUUAUCUUUUUUUUUUUUUUUCAAUGAUAAAACUCUACCGAGACUGCCGCUCGAUAGAUUUCUGCGAAACUUUCUUGUGUCAGUCUUCGAACGAUUAUACGCAAUAAUACGCAAUAAUAAUCGCGAGCAACGUACGUCACAACAAAAUAUAAAAUCUAAUAAAAUAAAAUUUACGUUUAUAACAUCGUAAAAUAUCACACUGAAUUUUUACCAGAAACAGAUCUGUCUGCAUCCUUACUAGAAAAUACAUUAAGAUUAAUUAACGCAC